AUGCGGCUGCAACUUGACCACUAUGGUCAGCUCAAAACCUACAUCCAUAUAGGCCAAGCGGCGGUCCUCUUCAUAGCCUGGGUCUUGACAAUAGCACUUUUCACAAGAGAUGGUACAACUGAUGGUCGAGUAGGCUGGUACUUCGGGCUUUGUUUCCUGACGAUUCCCAUCCUGAUAUACUUGGUCAUGGUUCCAAUGUGGUCACGAGCUCGCAAAUUCGCCAAUGUCUAUGCCUUUGCCUCCUUGGACUCCCUCUCUGUCUUACUAUGGCUAUCAGCCUGGGCUGCUGUGGCAUCAUACCUCAAUGCAGGCAAAGGCAAAGGCGACAAAAAGGAUGCCGAGGGGUGUGACAACUUUAAAUUCGGCAGCCCGGGGCGAUGCAAACUCAGUGGGGUACUCAUCGCCUUUGGUGUAAUUCAGAUGCUGCUGUUUGCUGCCACGGCAUUCUUCUCAUUCAGGGCAGUCAUGACGUUCAAGCAGACGGGCAUGAUGCCAGCCGGUCAGAUGGGAGGGAAGCCCAGCGAUUUUUCCGCCCAGAACCAGGAUGCCUUCUCGAGUAACAUGCGGACAGAUGAGGAAUUUGAUGAAGAUCGAGAGACUGGUGGUCGUCCAGAAUACAACUAUCAAAAGCCCUCUUUUGAAGAUGAGUAUGCCCCUAUUCAUCAGAACGACCAUGAUGACAUGGCUCAUCUGCCGCCGGCUCAGGCACAAAGUCCUCUGAAUCAGUCGGGCCUAGGCAUUCAAUCAUAUGACACAAGCUACAAUAGCCGAUUCGAAACGCAGCAGACUUCAGUUCGAUGA